UAUUUACCACCGCUUAGGGGAACAUUCAGUCUCGGAAUUCGAUUUCCGAAAUUUUCAGGUUUUUUCCGCUUCCAACGCGCGCCGGAGGGGUUCUGGCAGUGUGUCUAGACGGUGGGAUAUACAGGCCCUAUGGAAGGGAAAAUAGACUAAAUAAGGGUCAAUAUACAAAGCAGUCACAGAAUUCAGAAUAAACAACAUGUGAAAAUAUCUUGCCCCAAGUGAUGAGAUAUAGAUAUUGCGUGACGAGCCGCACAAAUUGCAAAACCGCGCAAUUUUCUUUAUUGUUCAGCCAUGUGACAUGACGUCACUCGCAUGUGUACAACAAACAGGAAAGGAGCGAUUUUCAAGAUCGGCGGCAAAGCGAACCUGAAGCGAACGGCAGGCAUGAACGGUUAUCGAAGCGAACAGGAAGAACAGAGCUCUACUGUUGGGCAAAUUUGCUGCCUCGUAGAAGACAACGAACGCUGUAAACGUCCCGCCGGCAACGCCAGCUAUUCGAAGCGAAUUCAGAAGACAGUUUCUCAGAGGAAACUGAAAUUGUCACUUGAUGGGGACGCGAGACACAUCUACAUCUGCGAACACCACAAAAAUAUGAUCCAAAGUGUUCGUAGCAAAAGAAAACGGAAAGAUUCUGACGACGAAGGUGAAGCUGCCGAGGUCGACUUCUGUCAACUACAGGUGAACACAUUACGGAGGUAUAAGCGACAUUAUAAACUGCAAACCCGCCCAGGAUUGAAUAAAUCACAGCUUGUGGAGGUAAAUAUAUUGCAACUGUGUGAUUUGUAAUGUUUUCAGUCAAUAACACGUUUAUUGUAGUUAGUCCGUUUUGUCCACAUCCAGUAAACAGAUGCGAGCUGACGGUUUUAUAGGUCCUUUUAGUAUAGGUUUGUAGCUUUUCACUGAAAACUUCUAAAACAAAGACUGAAUACUUUCUCAAAGUUACUGGCUUACAACCUGGUUAUCUUUCUCAACGUCACACUGACUAAACUUUUUUUUUGUCUUGUGUAGUUUGUCCCUGAGUGGGGUGGGUGGAAGUUGAGGCGGAGGGGGUAGAGGUGGAGCAGUGUUGUAUGAUUCUUCCCAAGGAAACAAGACUGAGUUUUAUGUAUUUCUUCUAACUUAUUCUGAUUGAACAUUCUGUAACUUGGCAACAUCCAAAGAUGUCCUUAGCCUAGAGGAAAGAAAUAAAAUAAUCAUAAAAAUGAAAUAAUUUCAGGGGAAAAAAGUAAUUAAUCACCAGUUUUAUGUGUUGUACUACUAAGUUUGGUUUCUGUUGCAUCAAAAAAAGCUGAGUUUCUUCGUAGUUGAAAAUGUAAUUAAUAGAUAGCAAAUAUAUAUUGAGCAGGACAGUAAACUCUGUAACACUUAAAACUUCAUGGCUGAAAGUUAGCAUUCUGCAUCAUACUGUUCUAUUUAAACAAUAGAGUGUUUCUGUUGAGGAACUAUCGGCUGA